AUGUGCUGUUAUGGAAGAUGCCAUGACUUACAGACCAAGUGCAAGUCCAGGUAUCAUUUAUGGGAGGAGGCGCUGUCAGAGAAACAGAUGGACCUUUUAUGCGGGGUGUAUAGAGUUUAUCGUGAUGCAUCAGGAUCGACUUCGUUUACUCAGGAUCUGUCCUGGUUUCCCAGAGAGCGCAGUUUCAGAAAUUCAGGCUUGGAUCUCGGACACUGGAGUGCAGAUGCAGAAGAUUGGUAUCAGCGUCGAGUUCAAUUGUACCUAAGCGGAGACUCCAAAGGCCGAUGCUUGAAUCAGGCGGAAUGGAAAAGGAGCAUUCGUUUGUGGCGAAGCACGAUCAGGACAUACAAAGGGAUGGAACAGGUAUCUAGAGGUCUCAUCAAACGCCACAUUGCAUCCCCUAUAGAUUAG